AGUAAAAUAUUUCCUUGCGAUUGCGCCCAUACAUCUCAUAUGUUAUUUCUCAUUCUCCUUAUCACCCUCCCCAUGCCAUCUUCAGAAUCAAGUGAGAUCUCUCCGUCUUUCGAUUAAACGCCACUGCCCACGCCUCGAUCUUGUGUCACUCGUGCCGCUUCGCAAGGCUUCCCACCUACCUCCCUGGACUAAAUUUGCGAUCAAAGCCACCAUCGGUUGCACCGUGCCGUUACUGGUUUCAUUUGCCUGACAAAGUUCGGAUACAAAAUCUGUCCAGUUCCAACAAGUCCGCUGUUUCCUCGACACUCGUUUUUUGCCAUUCAAUCAUUACCAUGUCUUUAAAAGUACUCUCGCUUGCUUUCCUUGCUACCGCCUACACGAGUCCUCUGGAUGUCGUCGCACGCGCCGAUUCCGCAUGUCAGCCAUGCAAUCCUUCCGGCGCCACUGGAACGAAUCCCCCGACUCUUGGCUCAGAUAUGAAGUCAAUGUACGUGGACCUUUUGAACUCGGUAAAGGGCAUCCAUUUCGCGAAGCGCGAGUCCGAGUCCCCAGGCCGUAAGCGCGCAACAAGCCUUUGCUGUCAACCCACGACCGAUUGCCUGAAUGUACAGGGGCUCAAUAUUCCCAUGUGCUAUGACAAAUUCACGACGAAUGUGUUCUUUGCAGAUGGGUCGUCUGGAUCCCUGACAACUGGAGAUUAUAGCCAGGGGAACUCCUUCUCAUUGAACUGGUUAACCGGCGCUUAUACGAAGGGCAGCGAAUCUGGCAACAUUUACUCGGAUGAUCCUGCAGCGAAGCCAAACACAGCGAUAUUGUCGAUUCCCCCACAAUUUACAGGCACCGGCGUAGGAAGCGCGAUCCCAAGAACUGAACUCGGAUCUCUUGUCACGACAGUCAUUACGACAACGAUCCCUGGAAGUAUAAUCACGGCUCCGACAACUUUGUCCGGGACGACGAUUUUCGAUACAGUGUCUGGAAGGACUACUGCUGUAACAACGAUACCGCCGAAGACUAUUACAACCCCCACCACAAUCGCCCCUGUUACAAGCACAAUGACAAGUGUUAUGGCUGCGGCGUCGUCGAGCAAGGGCGCUGCUGGACAAAUCAUCGUGGAUUCGAAUAUGUCAUUCGGUAUGUCGAUUUUCACGGCGCUAAUGUACGCCAUCUACGCCUUGUAAGAAUCCACGGGUAUAUUCUUGUAAUUGGUGCUCUCCGUUGGAUGUGUUGAAAAUACCUUAAUCUCGCAUAUUUUGUCGUCUGGCGACCUAAGUUUUCAAGCAAUCAUCUGUUGUUGCCAGAUUCCUUUCUCAGUACAUUAUUAUUUUGUAUAUAUUAGUUUUACUUGUACUGGUGGGGUUCUUGGUUCUGAUAUGUUGCUUGCGAGGAUGAUACCCUUCGAGGUUGGAUUUGAACUGUCUCCUGGGAUGACAGCGUUCUGUAAUGUUUGAUGAUAGUAAAUACGCGGAUGAUAUCGCAGCAAUAGACCAGUGU